CGAAAAAAUCGUAACGUGUCGACGAGCCUAAGACCAUUCCGGACUGUACGAAGCAUGGCGAAGCACGGGGCGAGAAGGCAAAUCCUGGUAUUCAUCCUAAUAAGUGUCGUAGCAGGAUUAAAUGCACAGCGACAACUACCCGAGUGCGUAAGACCAUGUCCGUUUGUGCUACGGCAGGUCUGUGGCAGCGAUGGAAUCACCUACAAUAACGAGUGCCUUCUGGAGAACGCCAUGUGUAGAGAUCCAACGCUGUUCAUGGAGUACGACGGGGGAUGCAGAGACCUAGACAACUGCGACGGGGCGUGCCCCUUCCUGCUUCGACCUGUCUGUGGGAGCGACGGAAUCUCCUACGACAACGACUGCCUUCUGGACAACGCCAUUUGCCGAGACCCAACGCUCUUCAAGGAGCAUAAUGGGGCAUGCAGAGACAACUGCGACAGACCGUGCCCCUUCCUGCUACGACCUGUUUGUGGCAGCGACGGAAUCACCUACGACAACGACUGCCUUCUGAACAACGCCAUUUGCCGAGACCCAACGCUCUUCAAGGAGCAUAAUGGGGAAUGCGACUGUGACAGACCGUGCCCCUUCCUGCUACGACCUGUUUGUGGCAGCGACGGAAUCACCUACGACAACGACUGCCUUCUGAACAACGCCAUUUGCCAAGACCCAACACUCUUCAAGGAGCAUAAUGGCGAAUGCGGUGACCUCGACCUCGAUCUCGACCUCGAUUGCCCCCUGCUUGACGCUCCAGUCUGCGGGAGCGACGGCGUGACCUAUCCCAACGAGUGUUUCUUGGAACUGGCCAUUGCAGAGAUUCCCGAGCUAUUUAAGGUCGGCGACGGCGGUUGCGAAUGCUACCAGGAGUGCGACCCGCAGCUGAGUCCCAUCUGCGGCAGUGACGAAGUGACCUACGGGAACCAGUGCCUUUUCGAGGCCGCGCAGUGCCGGGACAGUGAGCUUCGAAAAAUGGCCGGCGUGUCCUGUGAAUGCUACCAGCCCUGCCCCGCCACGUUUAACCCCGUGUGUGGCAGUGACGGAGUGACCUACCAGAAUGACUGUGUGUUGGAGAUGGCGGAGUGUGAAGACCCGCUCCUAUCGAAGGUUUCGGACACCGCCUGUUAAUGAAGCUGUUGGCUAUGGUGAAUACUUAUAAUUAUGAUGUAAUUAUAAUUUUACGUAAAAUAAAGGUCGAUAUA